CAUCACAUUCAAGAUAGCACGACCAUGAAGACUUUCAUUGUGCUAUGUUCUUUGGUAACGAUAACGAUUGCGGUACCAUCAUUACCUCGAAAAAAUUUCGAAACGGUAAUUGAAGAUGUUCCUGAGAGAAUCAUACGGGAGAAAAAGUCACCUCUACAUGACGCUCUACAAGAAUCGGCAGCUAAUGAUGGCAAGGAAAUUUUACAAAACCGUAACAGUCAAAAGACAGAAUCAUUAUCCUUAGAUAAAACGAAACCUGGUUUUAGAAAACCGAUUAUUAUCAAGAAGAAAUUGGGAUAUCACGUUUACCGGGAUUCCGAUGAAGAAAUGGCACAUGCUGAUCCUACUGAAAAUUGUAGAAAGCAAUUUAAAGUAAAACUAUGUGACAAUGAACCUUCAUUGGAUUCUCAAUCUACUAAUGUUAAAACUCUUUCAUUGGAACGUCCACAUGAAAAUAUUUCAGACAAAGAAAUGGAAAAUAGCAUUAAAAUGGCAAGAGAUGCUGUAGAAAAAUUGCAAAAAGAUCUACUAAAAAUGGAACAAAAUACAGGAAAGUUGAGUAAUUCUAAGGAACACUUAGAAUCAGAUAUGUCAUUGCAGCAAGAUAUUGAAAUGGCAAAAAGCGCUUUAGAACAUAUUCAAAAGAACAUCGGUAAUAUCGAAUCAAUCGAUUUUCAAUUAAAUGAUCUAAAAAAAGAAGAAAGCCAAGUGCCGAAAUCUAGCGACGCAGAAGCAAUAGCGGAAUGGAAAGAAUCCGUAAGAAAUAUUUACAAAAAUGUUGAGAUUCCUAGAAAUAUAGAAGAUGCCUUCAAAUUUGACAAACAAAAUGUAAUGAAAUACGAAAAUGCAAUGUUAGAUGGCCAACAAAAAGAUCAAAGCAGUACACAAUCCAUGAAGGCAGUAAACGAUGAUAAUAAUAAAAAUCUUAAUUUAAAAUCAAAGGAAGAACAUAACACAAAUGCAGAGGAUGACAUGUUUGUUUCCACAACAGAUCAUAAAGAAUCAAAAAUGAAACUACACAGUGAAAGUUUGACAAGCGAUAAUGUUUUUGAUAAGACUUUAGGUGGUCACGAUAUUAAGCCGUUAGGUUUUAACACAAAUGACCACUUUAUUACAGCUAAACAUUCGGAAUCAAAUUUUGAAAAUGAGAAAACAAUACACAAGCCCGAUGAAAAAGUUGCAAGUGGAACAGACAUGUCAUCAUGGCAAAAUAAUGAUGCAAAAAAUUUAAAACCUGCUGUACCAGUAGAAAAUAACAUUUUUAAUACAUUAACACGGAACAGUGACAUAAGUUCCGGCAUGUUAACUGCUAAGAAUACUGAAAACUCUGAGGGUAAAACUUUAAAAGACUCCCAUGUCGAAAGUUCGCAAGACGAACACCAUAAACAUAAAUCAACCUUGAAAACAAAUGACGAUUUAAAUUUGGCGAAGUCAAAGUCCGAAGGAGAUUUAACUGAAGCUAAACAAUCUUUGAGUGAAUCCUCAGAUGUAAGUGAAACAGAACAAAGAAAUGUGGACCAUAUUAAGCCCGAAUUUUUAGAUAAGGAUAAUAUGCAUUCUAGUGGCGUAAAAAUGACUUCAAUAAAAUCAGCAGAAAUGAAAGAUCCUCAUUCUCGAAAUGUGUUAAAUAUUAACUCGUCAACUCAAAAAAAUAUAGAUAAUCCAGAUAAAAAGUUACUUGAUAAAGCUGAUUUAACUGGAACAUUAACUGCACGCGCACCUCUAGAGCAACUCGACAACGUACAAGAAUCUUUGCCGUCUAUCCCAGUUGAUCAUAAAGCAGAACAUAUAUCUAAUGAAUUUUCAAGGAUGCGAAUGGAUCAGUUGCUUAAUGAAAAUCAUGAAUCGCAAGAUUUUCCUUUAAUGCAUUCGAAUAAAGAAAAAGAACCAAAAGAUCAAUUGCUGCAAGCUUCAAAAUCUGUUUCCCAUUUGCAAAAUACACAAUUAUCAAAUAUGAAUACAAAAGAACAUUUGAACGAACAUAAUAACUUAAAUGACCGACGUUUCAUGAAUUUCGCUGAAGAGAAACAUUUCAAUGAAAAUUUACCGCAACAUUUGAAAAUGUUUUCGGAAUCAAAUAAUGAAUACACCAUUAAUCCAUCAACCAAAACCAACGAAUUUAGAAAUCAACAUAUAAUGAACGAAUACAUGAACGCUCGUAUGCACCAAAUUCAUAACAUGGAACAACUAUUACGAGAAAACCAUAGAUUAGAUGAUUUUCCUUCAAUGCCAUCAGCCUCUAGGAAACAACAUAUCGAUCAUUCAUCACAACAAUUUAAAAGUGAAGCAGAAUUUCACAAUGAUCACCUCUUACCUACUUUCACAAAAACAAAUGGAUUAAAAAACGGACAGACCGAACUCAAUAGACAUCAAAGUAUGCGAGUCACAGAAAACUCUAAUAAAGGACAUGAGUUGUCUGAUAGUCAACAUUUAGCUGAUCCAUUUAUGUUACGUUGGGCUCAAGAAAAACAACAUAAAGAUUUACAGGAAUUUAAAGGAAGUUCAGAAUUUAACAAUGGACACAAGUUUCCAACAAUGAUGAAAACUAAUAUGUUCCAAACCGGACAACAUAAAGAACCAAUGCAUAUGCGAAUAACUGAAGAUUCAAAUUUAGGACAAGCAUUCACUGACAGUCAUGAGCUUCAUGACUCUCAUUUAAUGCACUGGGCUCAAGAAAAACAACACAAUGAAAAUUUAGCACAAACAUUUGAUGGUGCCGCAGAACUUCACAGUGAACAACAUAUGAGUGAUCAUUUACAUGAGCACAUACCCACUAAUAGAUUUAAUGAUAAUUUUGAUUUAGAUAGCAGUCAUGACAUAUUUCCUAUGAGACCGAGAAUGCAUGAACAUUUACAUAUGAUGAAACAUGCUAAGCCAUAUGAUAUGGAUAAUUCAAUGCAACCAAGCAUGCAUAUUAGUAUGAGAGAUAGUGAUAUACCAUUGGGUCAUCAUCAUCACCACCAUCAUCAUGGUUUGGCAAGAUCAAGCUAUUCAGCAAGUCUACCCAUCGCCAAUUCUAGUCCGGGGGCAAUAGGCGUAUUCUCUGAAGCAAAUACUGGUUGUGGUAUUCCAUUAUUAUUGAGCUGUUCUCCAUCGGUUGUGUCUGGGAGUUUAGCUAAAGCUCACCCUACAGGCAAUUCAGCACCAGCGUAUAGAGCAGGAGACGAUUUAAUGUACUAUAUGAAACGUGAUGCUAAUAACAUUGAAGGACUAAACAAUGUUAAAGUACAUAAACCAUUGAAAACAUUCAAACAAUAAACUAAAUUGAUCUUGUAUUAAUGACAGGUUUUAUGAAUUAAUUUGGUAUAAAUAAGAUGCAGAUAAGCAAUACAGUGUUUGUAUAACGAAAUUUGUAUUUCUUAUAUUAGUUUUAGUACUAAAUGCAUCACAAAUGCUUAAUAAAAAUAUAACUGUACCA